CUUAGAAUUUAAAAUUUAAAUAACUUUCUUUUGAAAAAUCCUUUUACUUUGAUUUAAUUUCUACAAACUAAAAUAAUUUGGCAAAAAGUGUUCAUUAAAUAUUCUAAGAUUAAUUAGGCUACUUUAUUAUUCAUUUUGCUUACAACAUUGUUUUUAUGAAUUUAACUUUAUUGAUAACAAGCUGUGCCCGCGGUUUCACCCGCGUGGAAUUCAGUUUGUGACUAUAACAGUAUCAAUUAGAUAUCUUUUAUGAAUGUUUUAGGAAUGCAUACGGGAUAAAAGAUAUUCAUUAUUUUAAGCGACAACAAAUAGGCAAAUGUUCAGCACACGUUCGGACACGUGCACUGCGUAUCUCACCGACCACGUGACUGUGCCGUGUGGUUACCUAUCUUGUAUACAUAUGCGUCUUGCCCCUCACCACCUGCUGACACCAAAAAUAUAAUGCUUACCUAGAUGAUAUCUUUUAAUUUAUAUUAAUGUUUAAUGGAAUAAUAUACGGCCUAUGUCCACGCUGAAGGUCCACUCUAAAUAUUGGUGAAAGAAUUUUUGAAAUCGGAUGAGUAGUUUCGGAGAUUACCUCCUACAUCCAAACUUACAAACUUUACCUUUUUAUAAUAUUAGUAUAGAUUACAUAGAAUUUAUAUGACAUGUACUCUUUACAUCAGUCUAUGAUGCUGGAAAGAAUAUUUUUGAAGAUUAUAAAAUAUAUAAUAUAUUAAUUUUUAUAUUAUUACUUCUGAGCUUAUUACAGAUGUGUAAAUAGUUUACAAGUCAAACAACAUAAAAUAAUAAUUUAUGAUUCUGUAAAAAUAAUAAUUUAUGAUUCUGUAGAAAUAACAAUGAAUUAACAAAAGAAAGCAUUAAGUCUAAACUAAAAAUAGCAUCUAUAUAAAAUUCAUGACAUUGACUAAGCAAAUUUGACAUUUUUAUAUAUUUGCAGAAGUUUUAGUCGAAUAUUUUACAUAAAUAAUAGAAAAAAUGAACAAUUUAACCAUAUAAGGAAUUCUUUUAUAUUGUUUUGUAUCUAGAACUGGCCUAAUAACAAAUAGAAAAUGUUUGCAUUAAGCCAAACUGUUAACUGUUGUUAAAGAUGCAUUACUACUUUAUUCGCUUUAGUCCAUAAAGAACACAAGAAUAACAUAACUGACUUUUCCUUGUAGUUGAAUUGGUUGUUAAAAAAAUGAUAAAAUAUCUGUUUAAAAAGAAAUGAAAAAAUAUCAUUUUAAGAAAAGGAGACAAAACACCAUUAUCUUAAGGCUGAUUCAUACAGGUAGAAAUAUUAAAGUGACGUGUGUGUGCAACAAAUGAAGUGAAACUACAAAUUAUGCAAAUCUUAAAAACUAAAGCUAAUUCAAGGUUGUGUGCACAAGAGAUACUGAUUUUUAAAAAAUCAUUAUUAAAAGUGACUACUGAAUAUUGAAAUUACUAACUAGAAACAAAAUGAAUACUAUAUUGCAGUUGGAAAAAUAUUGAGCGGUAUGUCAAGAUUGGAAUUUCAGCCAAGUUUUUUAUAUAAAUCAAGUAUAUGGUUACAGUUAAAAUUUUAUUGCUGGAUGCUUUCUAUGAAGAAAGUCAAUAUAUUAGUUAUGGUCUGGUGACAGUAAAGAAUUUACAGCAUUUGAAUUGGAUAUAUGAAUGAUGCAGAAAGUCCAUAGAUAUAAAUGAAAUGGCUAUUAAAGAAGUUUUUAUAUAUAAAAUUCUUCUGUUUCUUCACAUCUCAUCUUUUUCAGUUUUGUGUGUUUGGAUGGAAAGUCACAAUGCUAAAGUAUCCAAUACGAUGACUUUAAUUCACAUUUUUAAUAAAACAGCUGAAACUGAUAAAAACUGUCCUAUCAUAUGCAAAUGCUUUUUUCUUCAGACAUCCGUAAAUGUUGAUUGCAUUGAAAAAAGCUUGAAUUUACUACCAAAAAAUGUUCCGGCUAAUGCAACACAACUAUUACUUAAUGGAAAUAAUAUACACAAACUUGACAGUUUGUCCAAAUCUCUUCUAUAUCUACAAGUUCUCGAUCUUACGAAAAAUAAUAUAUCGCUUAUUACAAGAGAAUUUUCUGCUUACAUUCCUAAUCUUCAUUCAUUGAAUAUAAGUUUAAAUUAUUUAAAUACUGUCAUUCUUGAAAACAUAUUUCUAAAUCUUUCCUCUCUCGAUACACUAAAUAUUUCACGGAAUCAGUUAAAUAAAUUAACGCCCUAUUUAUUUCGUGGCUUGCGAAAAUUAAAAAUCCUGGAUAUUAGUUAUAACAGCAUUGAAACAAUUGACAAUUAUACAUUUCAUUUUAUGGAAUCAUUACACUAUUUAGACUUAACUGGAAAUAAACUCAAAAUUUUGAAACAUCAAUGGUUUCAAAAUUUAAACAAACUUUCUGUCUUAAUAUUACAACAAAAUCAUUUGCAAAAUAUCAGUAAUCUUGUAUUUUCAACACUACAUAAUUUAUCUUAUCUUGAUCUUAGUAAAAAUAAUAUUGGGUCUGUUGGGCUGCUCAGUUUUAAGGGCCUUAGUAAUUUAAAGUAUUUAAAUUUUAGUUUGAAUAAUGUAAGUUCUUUGCAGGAGGGAAUCUUUAAAUCUGCAGAUGGAGUAGAAGUAGUUGAUUUUAGUCACAAUCCACUCAUAAACAUAGAAAAGUCAUUCAGCUAUUGCCACAAUGUAAAAUUUUUACGAUUGGUUAAUACUACGCUAAAAACUUUAAGCAGAAAUAGCUUGUUAGGUUUAUCAAAUCUUCAGCAGUUACAGUUAAGUGAUUCUUCAAAACUUUCUUCUGUUGAUAGAAGAGCUCUUUUAGUAGCCACUAAAUUAAAUGAUUUAGAUUUAAGUAAAAAUAAUCUUUCAACUUUACAUUCAGAAUUUUUAAAACCACUAAAGGAAUUGAAAUUGAUCAGAUUGGAGGGAAAUCCUUGGAAAUGUGAUUGUCAUAUGUAUUGGAUAUUAUUGUGGCUUCAAGAUCAAACUGAGACCCAUUUGACAUCACCAGAUGAAACAUUUUGUAAAUAUCCUUCUGAAUUAAAUGGGCAUAGUUUGCUUGAUGCCCUCGAUCAUCGUAUUGUAUGUACUAAUGCAACUAUACGUGAGUAUUCAACUCAGGCACAUUUUCAUAUUGGAUCAACUGCAUUACUUCAAUGUUUUGUAGAAGGAAAUCCCACUCCAGUAUUAACCUGGAUUACACCUCAUAAUUUAGUCUUCCAUUGGUCAGAACAAUGUUGUAAUGAUUCAGAUUGUAAUGUGACUUCUUGUAAUGUCAAUCAUCCUUCUGUUCAUACCACAUUAAAACAGUCUGUUCCAAAAGAUGUUUUAAAGCGAUUUCUUAUCCUGCAAAAUGGCAAUCUACUAAUCCGGAAUGUACAGAGACAGGACUGUGGUUUUUAUCAUUGUGUUGCAUCAAAUCCUAUGAGUAAUCAAACAAGAACAAUACAUCUUACCUUGGAUCAUAGCUUUUUAAAUCACAUAAAAAUUGUGAGUAUUUUGGUUGGUUUAGCUAUAAGUUUUGGAUUUCUACUUGUUACAUUACUUUCGGUAUUCAUACAACUUAUUUUAAGUCGCUGUGGAAUAGAAUGUCCCUGCAGUACAUCACCUAAAUCCCAACAGAUAAAACGUAUCUUGGAUGGAAUGGAACAUUAUAAACGUCAACAAUUGGAGAGACUACGUGAGAAUUAUAAUUUUCAAGUGCAAAGGAUCAAAGAUAAUUGUAUGCAACAAAUGGAAAAAUUAAGAGAAAGCUAUUCUUCUCAAAUAGAGCGUCUGCGUGAUAUUCGUGACUAUGGAACAUUACAAAUCGACCGUAUUAGAGAGAAUUAUUAUCUACAGGUGCAAAGAGUAAGAGAUUACAGUGCAUCUCAGAUUGAUCGUUUGCGUGAAAAUUAUUUUUUCCAGCGUAGUAGAAUACGUAAAUUCAGUGCCCACCAGCUUUAUAAGUUGAGAGAGAAUUACAAGUUGCAACAACAACACUUCAAUAAAAUAUUUGAAAAUCUUAAUAUCGAAAGCUGUAGGAAUGUUUGUGCUAGAACUGAUUCGAUAAUCUUUGAACCGGAAAUAACAGUCGAACCUAUCUUUGUAACGAAGAUAUGUUCUCUCGAACAGACGCCACAUGAUCAAACUCCAGAUUCUGGAGAUAGUUCUAGUCAGGUUUCUGCUUACUUCACACCCGAUGAGGAAGGUUCAGAAAUAUCACAGGGGGAGGGGGAAACAGAUGAUAUUAAAUGUAAUGAUAUCUCAAAAUCUACCAGAGAAAUUUCAGGUAAGAUGAAAGAAGACCAAGCCUUGUCCAUUCCAUCCAAAAUCAAAUCGACUUCUAAAAGUCUCGAUUUCCAAGACAUCAAACAAGAAGUUUCGCAAGAUACAUUUCCUAUAGACAAGUCAGAGCAAAACGAAUCUGAAACUGCAGUUUGAUUUUUGUGGAAAUUAUUUUCUUAAUGAAAAAAAUUACAUACAUACAUACAUAAUACAUAUAUAUGUAAGUAACAAAAUUUAUUUUCAAGUAUAGUCACUCUUCUCUAGAUUCACCUUUAUCUGUUUUCAUAUUAAAACUUAAUUGUAUUAAAUUUCAGUUUUAAUAAGAGAAAUUACUUAAAACACUCUUACAGCACUUUAUUAGUAGGAAAUGUAGAAUUAAGUGCUGAUGUUUUUUGAAAGAAUUCACUCGUACUUCUGUUGCUAAAUUAUUAACGUCAGAUAACAUCUGUGAUAUAAAAAUUUACUUCCACAUAAUUUCAAGAAUCAAGGAAAAUAAAAGUUUGUUAAGAGUUUUGUAAACAAAAAUUGAAUUUUCUUCAGGUAUUUUAAAUUGUAUUCUAUUAAUGCAUGUGUAUAUAAAGACUUAGCAACAAAAUAAAUGAGGAGGAGGAGAAAAACAUAAAAAUUUGAUUUACAGGAAGUAGUGUUAAAUACUGCACUAGUUAUUUGGAGUGUUAAUCAAAUUUUGAUGCUAGAGACUAUAUUUUUGUUUCAUACAAACAUGAUUCUUAAAUAAAAUAAAUAAAAAAAAAAUGAACUGUAUUUGAGUGAAUGACUUUAUUUAUUUUUGUCUUCUGUGAAUAUUAAUUUUAUCUUUGCCUGAAACAUUAAAAUUUUAAAAAAGCAGUAAAGAUAACAUGUUGAUCUGAAGUAAAUGGGUUUCAUGGGACAAAUUUUCAUGGGUGAUUUGAUAUUGGACUCAUCAUUACCCACCCGUCUGUCUCAUUUUGGGCUGGAAUGAACCCAUGAUGGACAUAAAGUAACACCCUCUUAACGACUAAAAGGAGUUAAAAAAACACUGAUAAAAAUUUUUAGCAUAUAUUUUAUAAAUUGUUGAUGUGAGCCACAAUGUACAGUAGCCACUAAGGGGGACUUUCUUCAUGCCCAUCUUUGGUACAUCCAGGUAGUGAGAAACAGGAUCCAACAUAUCCAGACUGACCCAUGCAUGAAAAAUUGAGCCUACUCGGACUCAAACCUAGAUCUUCCAGAAAACAGGGUAGUGAUUGUUUGACAUUCUGGGAACCUGGGUUCAAUUCUGGAUCCAAGAGCCUCAAGAAUUUUUCAUGGGAACUCUUCUGGAUAAGUUGGGCACUGCCCUCACAAUUCAUGAAAGAUGUGAUUAAAAAAAAUUCUCUUGGUGUCCGCAGGGGAAAAUGGUUAAAGGCUGAAAAUAAAAAACAGCAAGCUAGUGUUUUACUGCCCAGUUGUCAAGAAAGGAUUUAUUUUGGAAGUAAUUCAAUUUGAUGAUGAUGGUAUUUUUUUAGUAAGUUAUAAGUUCACUAUAUAAGUUGAACAUUUUUGCACGCUUAUUAUGGGUUUGACUAAGCUUACUGUAGGGCAUCCGAGAGAUGGAGCCUGACUUAUCUGGCUAAACAUGUGAAAAUUUGAGCCAACCCAAAAUUUAACUCUGAAUUCUUAAGCACAGCAGGUUGGCAUUGGCCAUUACACUAACAUACUACCAGUUCUGUAGCCAGAGUUAAUCGUUGGAGAGGUUACAGGGGCAAGCUGAAAAAAUGCUGACUGAUAUCUUUGUUUUCCAACAAGCACAAGAUACAGUCAAACUGUAAAAUGUAACAGUAACUUAAGUUUUUGAUGAAAACAAAAUCUUAUAUCUUCAGUACUUCUGGAAUGAAAAGGAGUUUUGACCUUAUACCUAAUUAAAAUACUAUAGUUACUGCUGUCACUUUGCUGGUACUUUAGGACUGAUCAGGUAAAUAUUCAUUUAAUGCAUAUAUAAAAAACUAGAACAAAGAAUUCUAUUUUGAUAUUUCAUCAAAAUGUCUUUAGUCAAAAACAUUUGUUCAAUUAGAUAAUCAUUUAAUUAUCCAAAGUAAGAAUAGAACAAAGUUUCAAAACAUUAAAACAUUUUGGAACAUACAGUAGACCC